AUGGCAGAACGGGCGGUGACUCGAACCGGAGGCCCGCGGGCGUGCAGCCUGAGCAGAGGCCAGGCGAGGACGAGUCAGAAUCAGAUGGUCGUGGCCGAAUCAUCAAGCCAGCGGGGCGAUUUAGCAAGUCUACAAGUGUGGUGGCCCACGGCAGCGGCUCGGAGAGAGGCCGCGGCAGAGGCAUCGAACCGGCAAGGCGGCUCAAAGCAGCAGGGCAGGUUCAGGCAGCGGGGCGAGUCCGCGGCAGCCCGGCGGCGAUUUAGCGAGGCUAGGUCCGGGUUGGAACCAGAGAUAGGGCGAUUCAGAGUGGUCCUUCGUGGUCCGGAGGCAAGGCACGGCGGCUCAGCGCUUAUCACCAUGAUGGAAGUGUUUCGAGGUCGGGUCAAUUCGGCCCGGACGAUGCGACUCCGAUGCAAGGGCGUGGUCAGGCGAUUUGAGGCAUUGGACCAUAACAGAGACGGCUCGGCAAGGGCCAGCUCGGUGGUUGAAGACGCUGGCGAGGGCGAGGAUGCAGACGGGCCCACGGGUCAGUUUGACCUGGACGGCGCCUGUUGA